GAGCAUUACGGGCUCGGUGAGGCGGAGCUUCCGCUGGAGCUACGGAGGUGAAUAUCCACCUCCGCUCUUCCACCGGGUUGGUUUUCCCGCCCAUAGUGACGUCAUGGCAGUCAGCUGAUCCAAUUCAGGACACCGGCGCAGCCUCAUAAAUGAACAAAUGUAUUUACUGUCCCGUUCUACGAACGCUGUGUCAAAGUCUGGAGGAGGAAGUUGUUGACACGACAGUUGUUGACAUGGCUCUUUACUACUCUCUACUGUCACGACGUCGGCCAUGUCGCUCAUUAUUCUACAUAUGAGCUCGAGUCCAGCUGGCUUGCUAGCUAUUAGCAUUCAGGCUCGGUAGCUGCUAGCUAGUGAGCGGUUAGCUCCAGACCGCUGAGGGCUACUCUGAGAUGGAAGGCAGCGAUGAGGAGGACUCGCCGGAAGCACCGAAUUUACCCCUGGAGAUCCUAGUGUACGUGCUGGGCUUUCUACCGACUUCAGACAGGAAGGAAGCCUCACUCGUCUGCCGCAGCUGGUACUUUGCCAGCCAAGACUCCUGCUUUCAGAAAAAUGUCAUGUUUUGCUUUCCGGCUUCAGCCGCAUCCCUGGAACUGGUCAGGGGUCUGGGGCGAAGAUCUCGCUGCAGCCUGAUCAUCAGCCAGCUGGAUGGAUUCAGCUUGUCCAGAUCUCUGUUGAUGGAGGUGGGUUUAUGUCUCGGCUCCAGGUUGGACAGUUUAGCACUGCCUGGCAGCAGUGUGUCUGAGGCCUCUCUGCUGGCCCUCCUCCCUCGCCUCACCUCCCUCCGCAGGCUCGACCUAAGAGGGCUGGACAGUCUCUUUAUGUCAGGAGCUUUCCUCUCCAGGGAGGAGCACAGACAGCAGGUCAGAUCGGCCUUAUCCGGGCUAGAAGAACUGGAUCUCUCCGACCUGCGCUACCUCUCUGACCUCACCUUCAACCGCCUCACAGGAUGCACGCCACGGCUCCGCCGCCUCUCCUUGGCUGGCUGUCAUAUUGCUUUUGAGUUUGACCCAUACCGCGGAUGCCCGGUGGGGACUGUGGAGGUUUCCUCAGCACUGCUCUCGCUGAGGAAUGUGCGGAAGUUGCUGAUGGAGCAGAACACCACCAUUGUCGCCCUGGACCUCAGCAGGACCUCCAUCACCCCUGAGUCACUUCGCACGAUUGCCAAGGUUGAAGGUCUGGCCUUAGAGGAGCUGUGUCUGCAAAGCUGCAAGGAGCUGACAGACUAUUCAGUGGAGCUGCUGCUGAAGCACCAACCCAGCCUCCAGAGAUUGGACAUCAGCGGCUGCACUGAGCUGACCAGCAGGAGCGUAGUCGCCAUCGCGCGAGGCCUGAGCUCGCUGACGCACUUAUCUUUGUCACGUGCCUGGAGGAUCACUGAAACAGGCCUGGCUGACCUGCUGUCGGUGUCAUCCCUGAAGAGUGUGGAUCUCUCCGAGUGUCUUCACAUCGGGGGCACAGAGAUGGUGAAGGGUUUGUCUCGCUGUGAUGCUGAGCGAGCACAGCUGGAGAAGCUCCACCUCAGGAGCUGCGCUUACGUUCGGGACGAGGCUGUUUUGGCCCUCACGCAGCUUGUAGGCAGCACCUUACGUCAGCUGGACCUGACCUCGUGUGUCAAUGUGACCGAUCUGUCGGUGCGUGCCAUCGCCUCCUACCUGCAGGGCCUGGUAGUGCUCCGCCUGGGUGGGUGCAAGGAGGUGACAGACUGGGGUCUGCUGGGCAUAGUGGAGAACACGACAUGUGAGCUGGAUGAAGAGAAGGAAGACCACGGCCCCAGGUUCACGCGCACCUUUGGGAACAUGGGUUUCUUCAAGCCCCCCCGCUUGCCUUUUGAGGAUCGUCCCAAGCUGGUGACGCAGGACCACCUGGAGCGCUUCAAACAGGAGGCGGGAGCGUCACUUUUAGCUCUCUCCAGGCUGCGGGAGCUCAACUUGUCCGCCUGCUGCAAGCUGACCGACAGCAGCAUCGCUCAGGUGGUGCGCUACCCAGACCUCCAACAUCUGUCACUGUCCAUGCUGCCUGAGGUCACAGACGCCAGUUUGUGGGCCGUCGCUCGUCACUGCCGCAGCCUGACCAGCCUGGACGUCAGCCACUGUGCACACCUAAGUGACCUGGGCGUGGCACAGGCGCUCCCACACCUGCACAGACUGCAGCACCUCUACCUCGCCGCUUGCGACAUCACUGACAAGUCUUUGUUCCUGCUGACUCAGCACUGCAAGAGACUGAAAACUUUGGACGUGUCAAAGUGCAGCAGAGUCUCAGUGACCAUGGUGGACCGUCUACACUCUCAGAUGCCCUUUUUGGAAAAUGUCCAAUACAGACUACAUAACGGUACUGAAUUCACACUCUGAUUGGACCUUCACAGCAAGAGUAUUUUCUGUCCUUGUGGUGGAGACCAGCUUUUAUACAGGCUGUGGCCCAAAUAUAUAAAUAUAAUAUAUAUAUAGAGUACAGGCCAAAUGUCUGGACACACCUUCUCAUUCACAACACAACUGAUGGUCCCAACCCCAUUGAUAAAGCAAGAAAUUCCACUAAUCAACCCUGAUAAGGCACACCUGUGAAGUGAAAACCAUUUCAGGUGACUACCUCUUGAAGCUCAUGGAGAGAAUGCCAAGAGUGUGCAAAGCAGUAAUCAGAGCAAAGAGUGGCUAUUUUGAAGAAACUAGAAUAUAAAACACGUUUUCAGUUGUUUCACCUUUUUUUGUUAAGUACAUAACUCCACAUGUGUUCAUUCAUAGUUUUGAUGCCUUCAGUGACAAUCUACAAUGUAAAUAGUCAUUAAAAUAAGGAAAACGCAUUGAAUGAGAAGGUGUGUCCAAACUUUUGGCCUGUACUGUAUCAGUGUUUCCCACACAUUCAUUUAUUUGUGGCGGCCCGCCACGAAAGAAUUACGUCCGCCACAAAUUAAAAAAAAAAAUAAAAAAAAAAAUGUUUUUAUUUUUUUGUGUCCUGUCCAGCUUCUCAGGCAAAUCAUAUAGUUGAUGUAGAUGCCCAUAUAGGCUGUUCAGAUUUACUUUAAAAAAUAGAAGUGUUGGAUACUUCUCUUGUUGCCUUAUUUGUAUUUGACCACUACUGUUUUCUGUUUAUUUGUUACUGACUGUGGCAGGACACCUCUGACUCUGUUUCACUUUAUGUUGCUGGUAAAUAAUAUGGUUGUAGUAGUAGGCUAAAGUUAAAUUAUUUAGUAUGCACUA